AUGAAUCAAGUUCUCCGCCGCCUCGAUGAGUAUGAUCAACUGAAGGCAGAAAAUCAUCAGUUAAACCAAUCGUUGGCUGCUGCCGAAGCUCGAAUCGCCCAGCUUGAAGCUCAAUUUGAAACCCAAUAUGCUGACCCUACCCCCAUUGGAGCAAUGGCUUCUAAGUAUGCAUCCACCUCCACAGACCCCCCUACAACCGACACUUCCCCAGUCAAGGACACAUGGGCUUCUCGCACUAAAAAAAACCUACCUAAAAAAAAGUUCUCAACCAAACAAGUGGAGACCGUUGCAAGAACCUUCGCGACUAAUAGUAAGACCCAUGGUUUCCGCUAUGUCUAUAUCCCCAGCAAGUUCCGGAUGAAGACUAAGGAGAUUCGCAGCCGCCUUCGCAUUCUUGGAUUUAAUAAUUCACGCAUUCUGGAUGUUCACUACCCCGAUCGCCAAAUUGUUGCCCUGCUGAUCCAUAAUGACUAUUAUGAUGAACUUACUACCCUCCUUGCCAAACACACCAUUCAGCAGAUCAAAGAUUUCAACCCACGCGACCCUAUGUGUUUGCGCGAUCCUAAAUUCGAAACCUUGGCUGCCAAGGAUCGUCAACAACAGGCUGAUCAACUCCAUGUCGAACGACUUGAGCGUGCCAUUAAUUUCAUCCGUGCACCUGUCAAAUUUGCAGUCGCCCGGUCUUUCCAUCAACAACAGUGGCUCUCCGAUUCCCACCUCCAGUCCAUUCUUUCCCGCACUGAACUCACCACCACCCCACCUGACAAUCCUUUUCUCACAAAUGAUGAUGACACUAACGUCCGCCGCAUGUCGAUUACGAGCGACACUUCCACCCAGACUAACGCGAACCAAAUAUCCGAUCAAUGA